UUUGACAGUUGACUAAUGAAUCCUCGCUACGCUAGCGUUUACGUUGUUUCAUUGAAAAUAAAACUGCAAAUAAUUGCUUAAAUUCCUAUUAGUAGACUUAAUAUUUAUCAAAUUCAAGAUGGUAGCGCGGGUGGCUGGAGUAUUUGAUGAAAAGUUGACGGAAGCCAUCGCUAAUUCUAAGAUUUUGGUCGUGGGGGCCGGCGGUAUAGGUUGUGAAAUAUUGAAGAAUCUCGUUCUUACCGGCUUCCCCAACAUUGAAAUUAUCGACCUUGAUACCAUCGACGUAAGCAAUUUGAAUCGUCAGUUUCUGUUUCACAAAGAGCACGUUGGGAAGUCAAAGGCUCAGGUUGCGAAGGACAGCGCGUUGAGCUUCAACCCCAAUGUGAAUAUCGUAGCUCAUCACGACAGCGUCAUCAGCAACGACUAUGGCGUGAGCUACUUCAAGCAGUUCCAAAUUGUGCUAAAUGCGCUGGACAACCGUGUGGCACGUAACCAUGUCAACAGAAUGUGUCUCGCUGCCAAUGUGCCACUCAUUGAGACUGGUACCGCUGGCUAUGCUGGACAGGUGGAACUCAUCAAAAAAGGCUUAACACAAUGCUACGAAUGCCAGCCCAAAGCCCCACAAAAGACAUUCCCUGGCUGCACAAUUCGUAACACACCAUCGGAACCCAUCCACUGCAUCGUAUGGGCCAAGCAUCUCUUCAACCAGUUAUUCGGAGAGGAGGACCCUGACCAGGAUGUAAGUCCGGACACCGCAGACCCCGAGGCUGCCGGAGAAGCUGGUGCAUCUGCUUUAUCUUCAGAAGGAAAUACUUCCGGGAACGUUGAACGUAAGAGCACCCGUGCUUGGGCUGCGGAAACAAACUAUGAACCGGAGAAGCUGUUUAGCAAGUUGUUCGGAGAUGAUAUACGUUACUUGCUGUCGAUGGAGAAUCUUUGGAAGAAGCGUAGGCCUCCUACUCCCUUGGUUUGGAACAACUUGCCCGGGAAAGAUAAUGCUCCAGCACAGCAUUCGGGGUUGCCAGACCAAAGGGUUUGGUCUGUUCAUGAAUGUGGACAGGUGUUUGCCUCGAGUUGCAACGCCCUACAAGCAGACCUGAAGGGCCGGUCGGAAGGCGACCACCUCGUGUGGGACAAGGAUGACAAGAGCGCGAUGGACUUUGUCACCGCAUGCGCUAAUAUUCGAGCACACAUCUUCAAUAUACCACUCAAGUCUAGGUUUGAGAUUAAGUCGAUGGCCGGCAACAUAAUCCCCGCCAUAGCGACGGCCAACGCGAUAGUGGCCGGGCUGGCGGUGCUGCGGGCGCAGGCCGUGCUUCGCGGCGACAUCCAAGCCUGCACCUCCGUCUACCUGCGGCCCAAGGUCAACCAUCGCGGACAGUUGUUUGUGCCAGAGAAGACUCUGACCCCACCAAAUCCAAAAUGCUACGUAUGCGCGCCCAAACCAGAAGUAGGUCUCGCCUGCAACCUCAAGCAGCUCACGCUCAAAGAUCUCACCGCCGCCUUCAAGGAGGGGCUCAACAUGCAGGCGCCUGACGCCACUGUCGAGGGCAAAGGCCUAGUAGUACUGUCCUCAGAACCCGGUGAAACUGACCACAACAACGACAAAACACUAGAGGAAAUCGGCCUCAAUGACGGCUGCGCUCUGUUGGUCGACGACUUCCUACAAAACUACGAAGUCAGGGUCAGAUUACAGCAGGAAGAUGAAGAGAAGUCCUGGCGCCUCGUCACAGACACUGACGCUCCCAUGCCCGCUCCUAAAGAGGAAGAGAAGGCAGCCAAUGGCUCCAACGGCAGUGAUCCUAAACCCGGACCGUCAACUUCAAGGGCUCGAGAAGACAGCGACAGCGAUAUGGAGAUCAUCGAGGAAGAUGAUGACGAGCCCACAGUGAAACCCCCAAAGCGUAGGCGCACGGAGAUGACCGAUGAAAUCGUCAAUCUCUGUUAACGUAGCAUUUUCAAAUUUCGAGUAAUGCGCAUACGACUGUUUAUAAUAAUUUAAGUCGCAAAUGUUACAUUUUUCUACUACAUACAUAUGCGUAAAUGUUAAAUACAAGUUUUUAUAGAAAUAUUACGGCAUUUUGCCGGUUUAAAUAGCAAUAUUAUAUUGAGACAUGUUCACACGUUAUAUUGGAUCAAAUAGUCAAAAUGUUCGAGAUUGCGCAACAUAGUAUUUAAACUCGAAGAGAGGAAUAAUUGUAAGAACAAUUCUUUAUAAUAUAAGAGUUAUGUAACUUUUCUAGUACUCUGUCUCAUUAAAUUAAUUUAGAUAACAA